AUGGCCAAGCCCGCGGAGGCUUCAAAUAAAGUUGUUAUUGAAAUUAUUGAGAAGAUGAUAAAAGAUAAGCCAAGGCGUUGGCCUGAAACCCUUUUAGAGGCCUUGUGGGCUUAUAGAAAUUCGAAGCAAACAAGUACUGGGACUACUCCUUAUCAGCUAACAUUUGGUCAUGAUGCUGUGUUGCCAAUGGAAUUAAAAGUGAAAUCGACAAAGGUAGCUUUACAACACAAUUUGAUACCUGCCGAUUACAAUGAAGCUAUGCUUACCAAGUUGGAGGAUUUGGAUGAAGUUCAAAAACUUGAUUUAGACCACCUUAUGGUUUAUAAAGCAAAGGUAAUGAAGGCUUACUACAAAAUGGUGAAAUUUAAGUCAUUUGCAGAGGGUGACAUGGUUUGGCAAACAAUUCUUCCACCUGGGAAGGUGGAUAUAAUUUAUGGAAAAUGGUCACCUACUUGGAAGGGCCCAUAUUUGAUUCACCAAGUGUUACAUGGAAAAGCUUACAAGUUAAAAUAUUUAGUGGUGAAAUUCAUGAGAGGCCUAUAA